GUACGAUAACUUGUUUUUGCUCACAUUUGAGUUUUAACAUCUAUUCCUCCCCUACCCUGAAUCUACCUCUUGUUAAAUAUAUCAAUACAAGCUUAGUCUCAAAAAGUGAAACACCAAAAAACCUCUUUGGCAAAGUUUUGUAUUUCUUGUAUUUAAAUAUGUGGUGGCAACAUCUUUAGCGGGUUUGUUGUCUUUAGCCGAGGACUUGCUGAUAACGCUGUCAUAGCCAAAGUGAAUGGGGAGCUAUGGGAUCUCGAUCGGCCGAUGGAGGGAGACUCAACCCUGGAGCUGCUGAUGUUCGAUAAUGAAGAAGCCCAAGCCGUAUGUGAGCUUGUCUCCCUUCGCAGGCGAACUAGGACUCGGAAGCCCCAGUGCAGAAACAUGGAACUAAUGCAAAUACGACGCAAAACUGCAUGGCCCAGUCAAACGGACUUAGCCAGACACGGAAACUGUUGUGUUCACAGGACUAGUGCUAGACCAGAACAAUCCAAGUAGUUGUGGGUAUGCGUUUUCGGGCUAGAACAUUUGUACGAGGCUGCUGACGUUACAACAUGGUGUGCUUCCUGUUGCCGGGUGGUCAAAUGGAGAAGUAAUUCAUCAUUAGCAAAGUGUGGUGAAGUGGGAAUAAAUAACCAUAGAGGAGAUGGUGGAAAAAAGAGGGUUUACUGGCAUUCUAGUGCACACGUUCUUGGAGAAGCCAUGGAAAACUACUAUGGUGGAUGCUUAUGCUAUGGACCUCCCAUUGAGAAUGGUUUUUAUUACGACAUGUACAUGGAGAAGAGGCGUAUCCAGUACAGAAUUCCCAGCACUGGAGAACAUAUGUAAAAACAUCAUAAAGGAGAAGCAGACAUUUGAACGGCUAGAAAUUCGAAAAGAGAUCCUGCUGGAUAUGUUUAAAUACAACAAAUUCAAAUGUCGAAUCCUGAAUGAGAAAGUUGACACACCAACAACAACAGUGUACAGGUGUGGUCCAUUGAUUGACUUAUGCAGAGGGCCUCAUGUGAGACAUACGGGGAAAAUUAAGGCCUUAAAGAUCGUUAAGAAUUCCUCCACAUACUGGGAGGGAAAAGCUGACAUGGAAACACUGCAGAGAAUUUAUGGAAUAUCAUUCCCGGAAAACAAAAUGAUGAAAGAGUGGGAGAAGUUCCAGGAGGAAGCCAAAAACCGGGAUCACAGGAAAAUUGGCAAGGAACAGGAACUCUUCUUCUUUCAUGAUUUGAGUCCUGGAAGCUGUUUCUUUCUCCCCAAGGGCGCUUUACUUUAUAAUACACUCAUGGAUUUUAUCAAAGAAGAAUACCAUCGGCGUAACUUCACUGAAGUGGUAUCUCCUAAUAUCUACAAUAGCAAGCUCUGGGAAGCAUCUGGUCACUGGCAGCACUACAGUGAAAACAUGUUCUCUUUCGAGUCAGAGAAGGAAACCUUUGCCCUGAAGCCAAUGAAUUGUCCUGGACACUGCCUGAUGUUUUCCCAUCGUCCCCGGUCCUGGAGGGAGAUGCCAUUAAGACUGGCUGACUUUGGCGUUCUUCACCGAAAUGAACUCUCAGGGACUCUGGGCGGGUUGACCCGGGUCAGGCGCUUCCAGCAGGACGAUGCCCAUAUCUUUUGCACAAUGGAGCAGAUUGAAGAAGAAAUGAAAGGUUGCCUGAAUUUUCUUCAGGCCGUGUAUGCUGUUUUUGGCUUUACCUUUCAACUACAUCUUUCCACAAGACCUGAAAACUUUCUAGGGGAGAAGGAGCUCUGGGAUCAUGCGGAGAAGCAACUUCAGAACAGCCUGGAUAGCUUUGGAGAACCCUGGAAGCUGAAUGCAGGAGAUGGAGCAUUUUAUGGCCCCAAGAUCGAUAUUAAAAUCAGAGAUGCUAUCGGGCGAUACCAUCAAUGUGCCACAAUCCAGCUCGACUUCCAGCUCCCUAUCAGAUUUAAUCUUACUUACGUGGGGAAAGAUGGGGAUGACAAGAAAAGGCCAGUAAUCAUUCAUAGAGCUAUUUUGGGCUCGGUGGAACGGAUGAUUGCUAUUCUGGCAGAAAACUAUGGUGGAAAAUGGCCGUUCUGGCUUUCUCCUCAGCAGAUCAUGGUGAUUCCUGUCAGCCCUACCUGUGAGGAAUACGCUCAGCAGGUCUGCAGCGACUUCUUUGAGGCUGGAUUCAGGGCUGAGGUUGAUCUAGACCAGAGCUGCACAUUAAACAAGAAGAUCAGAAAUGCGCAACUGGCUCAGUAUAACUUCAUCUUUGUGGUUGGAGAGAAGGAGAAAGCCAAUAAUGCUGUGAAUGUGCGGACAAGAGACAACAAGGUCCACGGAGAAGUUGCGGUCACUUCUGCCAUCGAAAAGCUAACGACACUGAAAGUGCUGCGUACUUUACACGCAGAAGAAGAAUUCUAGUAUUUUCCAACAGAUCACACCAACGGGGAAAUAUCAGCUGUAUUCGGGCUGGGGGGUUCCUUCCUAACAGACACAUUGAGGGUCGUAGGCCUGGGUUAGAGCGCUGCUCCUAUGCUGUAGUACUUCUUGACAGUCGGAAAAUAAAACCUAGCUGAUGCAGCUUCUCUUGAGAUACUGUGAAAAGGUGGAGCAUUGUUCGAAGUCACUGGAAACAGCAUGAAUCUUUCUAAGUUCUGCAGAAAAUUGGUUUAUAUAAUGCAAAAGCAUACUCAAGAUCGCUUACAGCAAAAAUGACCCACUAGAUAGAUAGCUUGGCAAGGCCUCUAAAUGGAAGGCCUCUGAAUAUAUUUAGAAAUGCUGCUGAUCUUUCUGGUUGCCGAAGAGAGCCAAAUCUUUUGUGCAUGUGUAUUGGGUAUUUUGACCCGUCUCACUUGAUCCUAUUAGUCCCCCUCACCUGAAUGUUGUAUAUGCCUUGAUAUGUUUAAAGUCUUGGCGCUGAAGGUCACACAAGGUCAAAGUGACCCUGAAGUCCAGAAAGCCUCUUGGGCCUUUCAUGGUCAGUUUCUACAUGGGAUUGAAAUGGGGGUGGCUGCACUGUGGAUCCAUACCAUGAAUGGGAAAUCUCUAGAUUUACUGUCCGUGACUCGGAAGGCAUAAUCCACAAAGACAUUGUCCUGCACAAGCCUCAUUGAAAUGAACAGUGGCUGUAUGUACUGGGGCUUGCAUAGAAAAAUACACUGUGGUUCUUGUGUCAUAACAUGUUUUUUAUUGGUCCUUCCCUGCCUUAUUGGUCCUUUUUCCCCCUCACUCCCACAUACAACUCUUUGUUUGAAGUUUUCAAGUUGAGUUACAGUGCAAUGAAUGUGUUUUGCCCUGUUUGUUUAAAUAAAAUUUUAAUUCUCA